AUGGGCCUGGUCGCCACCAGCGGAACCCCGCCGCUGUCCAAUCACAACUGCGCAGGGGCGGCCCGCCGGGCUCGCUGGACCAACUGGACGGCGGCGCGGGGCCGAGGCCUCUGGACCCGCCCCCAGCCGCUCACCCAUCGCCCGCUCCUCUCCUUCCGCUUCCGGGCCCGCCUGCCCCGCCAUAUUAGGUUCCGGCCCCGCCUCCGCCCCGUCUCAUUGGCUCGGCUCCAGACCGGUUCCCCGCCGCUGUCGCGCCCAGUCUUCACCUGGCACCGGGGCGAGCGCGUCCCCGGCGGCACGGAGCAGCUCGGGGCCAAAGGCGGUGCGCGCGGCGGCCCGGAUCCCGCGUCGCCGUCACCGCCGCCCGCCGCCCCCGACGACGGCCCGCAGCGCGGCGACAUGCCCGAGCUGGUGGUGACGGCGCUGCUGGCGCCGUCGCGCCUCUCGCUCAAGCUGCUGCGCGCCUUCCUGUGGAGCCUCGUGUUCUCGGCCGCGCUGGCCGCCGCCGCCGUCUACGGCUGCGUGGCGCUGGCGCACGUGCUGUGCCGGCCGCGGCGCGGCUGCUGCGGGCGCCCCCGGCGCGCCGCCCCCGCCUGCCUGCACGACCCGGCGCUGGGCGAGCACUGCGUGCUGACCCUCAGGGUGAGCGCGGCCGGGCGCAGCUCCGGGCUGCGCCUGCACUACGUCUCGGCCGGCCAGGGCAACGGGCCGCUGAUGCUAUUCCUGCACGGCUUCCCCGAGAACUGGUUUUCCUGGCGCUACCAGCUCCGGGAGUUCCAGAGCCGCUUCCACGUCGUGGCUGUGGACCUGCGUGGGUACGGGCCCUCGGACGCGCCCAAGGAUGUGGAUUGCUACACCAUGGAUCUGCUGGUGGCCGACAUCCAAGAUGUCAUCCAGGGCCUGGGUUAUUCCAGAUGCAUCCUCGUGGCCCACGACUGGGGCGCCCUCCUGGCCUGGAAUCUCUCCAUCUACUUCCCAUCCCUGAUCGAAAGGAUGGUGGUGGUCAGCGCCGCCCCCAUGUCCGUGUACCAAGACUACUCCAUGCGCCACAUCGGCCAAUUCUUCCGAUCCAAUUACGUCUUCCUGUUCCAGCUGCCCUGGCUGCCGGAGAAGUUGCUCUCCAUGUCUGAUUUCCAGAUCUUGAAAAGCACCCUUACCCACCACAAGACGGGCAUCCCCCGCCUGACGCCCGCUGAGCUUGAGGCCUUCUUGUAUGAGUUCUCGCAGCCCGGUGGGCUCACGGGACCCAUCAACUACUACCGCAACCUCUUCAGGAACUUCCCCCUGGAGCCCCAGGAGCUGGCCAUGCCCACCCUGCUGCUGUGGGGGGAGAAGGACCCUUACUUUGAGCUGGGGCUGGUGGGAGCCAUCAGCAGCCGCUUUGUGCCGGGGCGGCUGGAGACACACGUGCUGCGCGGCGCGGGACACUGGAUCCCGCAGAGCCACCCCCAGGAGAUGCACCAGUACAUGUGGGCCUUCUUACAAGACCUGCUGGACCAGUAGUGGCCCUCCUGGGAACUCCAGGGCCUGCCCAGGUGCAUGCACCUGUCAUGGACUGAAUGGACCUGGGCAGCACGCCCCUUCUCCCCGCCCGGGCCCACACACAAGGCAUUGUGGGUGCCCCAAGGCACGCCAAGCCCGCUGCGUUCACACCCGGCAGGUGUCACGACCCAGUCCCCCACCCCUCCCCUCCCUCCCUCCACUCCACUCCCUGAGGUCCACCCUUCUCCCUGCCAAGGUGGGGGCCCCCAGGGCACUCAGAGCACAGAGCUUCCCUUCCCUCCAUGCUGCUCUGGCCAGUCCAUUAGUUCUCGGCCCCAGCCGGCUCCAGCAAUCCACGCACGUGAAUUAAUUAAAAUGAAAUACACCUUUAAGAUGCGGUGCAUCCGAGACGCUAGCCACCUCUGAAGCGUUCAGUUGCCAUUUCCCAGUAGAAAGUUCUGUUCGCACUGAUGAUGAGGGUACUCCCGUUCAAAGUAGUGUUGAGGGUGCAGGGUGGGUGUCUGAUGUGCAGUGGUUCAGACACUGCCUGGGGCAUCUGCAUCCCAGAUGCAGGUGCCUGGGUCGAGUCCCAGCUACCCUGCCAACCACGUGGAAGACCCAGAAUUGUGAUCCAGGUGCCUAGCUUUGGCCUGGCCCAGCUUCUGGCUGUUAUAGGCAUUUGGGGAGUGAACCAGCCGAUGGAAGACCUCUCUCUUUCUCUUUUUCUCUCUGCCUUUCAAAUAAAUCCACUUCGCCAAGGUCGGUGGGUGUGCCAAGUUCUCCAGCCAUGGCUCUACCUCCCCCCCAUCAUGAUCUUGGCCUUUCAGGUCAAGGUCUCUUGCCUUGGGGGUGGGUUGGCCAGUCUCAGUUCCCUGGGAAAAUGGCUCUGGACCCUGCUGGGAUACUCCUCUUCCAACUGCUGGCAUCUUUUUCCAAAUUAGCCUCCACGGUGGGGAGGAGGGGACCCUCUGGCUCCAGCUUCCAAAUAAAGGUAAU